AUGCGUUCCCUCACAUUCCUGUUGGUGGUCCUCAGCACCAUUGGGCUUGGCCUAGCCCAGCUCGAGGUCUCACCCGACGGCACCUGCGGCUCGACACAGCGUUACUCGUGUCUCGGCUCAGCCUACGGCAACUGCUGCUCGUCAACCGGCGAGUGUGGCUACACUGACGAUGUAUGUUUGACGGGAUGCCAGGCCGAGUUUGGCCUCUGCGGCAGCGGCGUCGGCGGUCAGCCCAGCAGUACGACAGACCCCGGUGAGCCGUCAACAAGUGACGAUACACCCCCAGAGGUCUCCACUGUCUUCGUCACCUCCAUCAUCCGAACCACCGAAGUCCAAAGCACCCUGGUGACCGUCACAACCACAGACGUGGAAGAAGUCACCACCACUAUCCCGACCACCUCCGUCCAAACCAGCACCGUGAUCGUCAACACCACCUCCACCGACUACACCACCACCACCUCCGUCAGCUACUCCAUCGUCUUCGCCACGGUCUACAACACCAUCAACGUAACUAGCACCUCCACCAUCUGGCAAAACGCCACAACUACCACCACCCAAACCAUCGACACAACCCAAUACUUCAACGAAACCAUCACCUCCACCCUCACCCAACCCAUCACCAUCACCUCCACCGCCGAAUUCAACGUCACCAGCACCAUCAACGCCACAUCCACCGAUUUUAUCACCGAAACCACAACAGCCACACAAAUCGAGACCGAAACCACCGAAAUCCCUGUCACGGUGAACGUCACGGCCACGGAUACGCAGUUCACCACGGAAACGGACCUCGUCACUGCCACGGAGCACACCACGGAGACGGAUCUCUUCACGACCACUGCGGUGGAGACGCUGACUUCGACGGCGGUGUUCAAUGAGACGGUGACGGUUACCGAUACGGUUACUCCGUCUGCUCCGCCGCCUGUGACUGAGACAGAGACUGAGACUGAAACGGAGACGGAAACGGCAACGGAAACGGAGACUAUCACGCAGACAGUGACCUUGCCGCCCGUUGACAGCAGUAGUAGUGUGCCCAGCAGCAGUGAUACCCCGAGCAGCAGUGCCCAGCAGACGUUGACGUUAUCCCCGAGUCCGGAUCCUGAACCGGAGCCGGGCACGGAAACGGCUACGGAGACGGCGACGAGUGCUAGUCCCGCGGGGACGUUGACUGUUGGUGGCCCUUGA